GGGACUUUGAAUUAAGAGAUUGUUGCUGUGAGAAAACAAAGGUGCUAUAAGUUAUACUGUGAGUCCCUGAUAGGAAAGAUACAAGUUGUUUAUUAACACUUCUGGACUAGAAUAUCACAGGGUCGAUGACAUUUGUUUGCGUAAAAGCAGGUAGCGAAGCAGAAGUUUAAAGAUUUUGGUUUGGAACUAAAGCAUAUUACCAGUUAUUGGUUCUUUCUAAUCAAACUAUAUACAUUAAAGGAAUCUGUAUCCACAGAAAAACAGGACCAACCAAUGGAUCUGAAAAAUUUCCUCUGCCUUAUUUUAUAUACACUGAGCUUGCAGUUAUUACAAGCUGAAGAUAAACUUUCCUCUGUCGAUGAACUUUCAAAUACAGACAUUGCAAAUAAAAUAGAAAAACGUCGGUGGCGUUCGAAUGUACUAGGAACAUGGGGAAAGCGGUGGAACCCUAAAGGUACCUGGGGUCAAAGGUGGCAGAGGAUGCCCAUCUGGGCUAAAAAAUGGGCGAACUCUGGACUAAUUACAUGGGGUAAACGAAGUGGUGAAGACAAAACAGUCGAUAAAAGAGCAUGGAACCAAUUUGUAACGUGGGGUAAACGUAACUGGGGUGAUAUGUCAACAUGGGGUAAACGGGACUCGAGCUCAAAAUGGUCAGGUUUUACGAGCUGGGGCAAACGUCAAACAUUAAAUAGUGAACCCACAGUAGUCGCAAAUACAAACAAUGAAGCUACAUUUGACGGCCUUACUGAUGCUAGUGAUAAAAGUGAUGCUAAAUUAAACGGACUUACUGCAACUGAAAAAUUCGAUGCUAAACCUAGUGAACUAUCUCACGAUGAUACCCACGAUCACGAUUCAAGUUUGUCGUCUUUACCAACAUUGGGCAAAAGGGCCAACCAAGACUGGUCUGGAUUCACGAGCUGGGGUAAACGAGGCAAUCAGGACUGGUCUGGAUUUACAAGCUGGGGAAAACGACCUAGUAAACAAGACUGGUCUGGUUUUACAAGCUGGGGAAAACGACCUAGUAAACAAGACUGGUCUGGAUUCACGAGUUGGGGCAAACGGUCGGGUAACCAAGAUUGGUCUGGAUUUACGAGCUGGGGCAAGCGGCCAAGUAAUCAAGAUUGGUCUGGUUUUACUAGCUGGGGAAAAAGACCAAGUAGUAAACAUGAUUGGUCUGGAUUCACGAGUUGGGGAAAACGACCAAGCAAUAAGGAUUGGUCUUCUUUCACUUCUUGGGGGAAAAGAGGGGUUAACAAAGAUUGGUCGGCUCUGACAACUUGGGGAAAAAGAGGAAAUCAAGACUGGUCAGGAUUUACAAGUUGGGGUAAAAGGGCUGCCGCUGAUGAACCUCAUAAAAAAUGGGCCGAACUUUCAACAUGGGGAAAACGUGCAAAUGGAGACUGGAAAGGCUUUACAUCUUGGGGGAAAAAAUCUGGUGCUGACAAGGGGAACUGGUCUAGUUUUUCAACAUGGGGUAAACGAUCUGGUCAAGACAGCAAAGACCAGAAAUUGGAUGAAGUACCAGUAUGGGAGAAACGUGGAAAUUCUUGGAAAGGUUUUACUUCAUGGGGCAAAAGAUCACCAGAACAAACAACAGAAUUAUGGAAAAAAUUUGAUGUUAACGGUGAUGAAAUAAUAGACGAAAAAGAGAUGACAGUAUUUCUAGAUUGGGCGUCGCAACAUCAAAUUCACACAUCAGAACAAAAUAAUGACCCGGUUAAACCGUAAUUCCACGUGGUUAUUAAGUUCCUGGGCCAUUUAUUGUAUUAUGUUGAUGAGUGAUAUUUCUGUUAUCCUGCCGCCAAUCCUGCAAUAUAUGAUAAUAGUAAACAUUCUGGAACAAUAUUCUUAAUAUAUGAAAAGACUUGUGAAAUCAAACCCUAAUCAGUUCGAACAUAAUUAGAAUGUCUGACAUGUAGCAGCAGAAUAUAUUUAAACGUUUCUUGAUUGUUAUAAAUAAAUUAUACAUAGAAUAUAAAUAGUGUUGUAAAAAUGAAAGAUAUUAACAACAUUUGUUUUAGAAUUAAACAUUCUUGAUUUGUU